GAGAGGGGGGGGACCUGCUACUGUGCCGUCUUUGUGUUGACAUCUUCGGAGGUUUGAGAGUGUUUGAAUGGAUAUUACCAGGUGCACGGAGAAAUGGGUAAAACAAGACAAGGAGAGGCCUCCAACAUCCUCCAUAAUGCUGUCUAGCAAGAAGUCAGAUGCUGGCUCCUCUUCCUCCUCCUCUUCAUCCUCUGCUGGUGCAGCAGGAGGAGAUAGGGCCCAGAUGUCUGAUGCCCAGACCGGUCCCUCAGCCUCAGCUGCGGGAGCUAUGGAUACAAAGAAGAAAGAGAGGUCAUCCCCGAGUGGGGAACCUGGAGGAGCCCCUUUGCCCCACCAGGCAGGCCCUGGGGGGGCAGACCAGGACUCGGCUGAAGUCCGUAGGACAAGUCGACGAAAGCGAGCAAAAGUGGAGUACCGCGAGAUGGACGAGAGCCUGGCCAAUCUGUCUGAGGACGAAUAUUACUCUGAGGAGGAGAGGAAUGCCAAGGCAGAGAAAGAGAGGAAGCAGGUCAUCCCUCCUCCAGCUCCACCAGCAGAGGAAGAGAAUGACAGUGAACCAGAGGAACCAUCUGGUGUGGAAGGAGCUGCUUUCCAGAGCCGUCUUCCCCAUGACCGUAUGACAUCCCAGGAGGCCGCCUGCUUCCCUGACAUCAUCAGUGGUCCCCAGCAGACUCAGAAGGUCUUCCUCUACAUUCGCAACCGUACACUCCAACUGUGGCUGGACAACCCCAAGAUACAGCUGACCUUUGAGGCCACAGCCCAGCAGCUUGAAGCUCCAUACAACAGUGAUGCAGUGCUGGUCCACAGGAUACACAGCUACUUAGAAAGACAUGGUCUCAUUAACUUUGGCAUUUACAAGAGGGUCAAGCCUUUACCCACUAAGAAGACUGGGAAGGUUAUAAUUAUUGGUGGAGGUGUGUCAGGCCUGGCUGCAGCCAGGCAACUACAGAGCUUUGGGAUGGAUGUUACAGUAUUAGAGGCCAGGGACCGUGUUGGAGGCAGAGUGGCCACAUUUAGGAAGGGCAAUUAUGUUGCUGAUCUGGGAGCCAUGGUGGUGACAGGCCUAGGAGGGAAUCCCAUGGCAGUGAUCAGCAAGCAGGUUAACAUGGAGCUGGCCAAGAUCAAACAGAAGUGUCCGCUGUAUGAAGCCAAUGGCCAGGCUGGUGAACGGUGCACAAGUGUGCCGAAAGAAAAAGAUGAAAUGGUGGAGCAAGAGUUCAACAGACUGCUGGAGGCCACCUCCUACCUCAGCCACCAGCUGGACUUCAACUUCCUCAACAACAAACCUGUUUCUCUGGGACAGGCCCUGGAGGUGGUCAUACAGCUGCAGGAGAAGCAUGUAAAAGAUGAGCAAAUAGAGCACUGGAAGAAGAUUGUAAAGACUCAGGAGGAUCUCAGGGAUCUUCUCAACAAGAUGGUGACCACUAAGGAGCGGAUUAAGGAGCUCCAUCAGCAGUACAAAGAGGCCAGCGAAGUCAAACCACCCAGAGACAUCACAGCCGAGUUCCUGGUGAAGAGCAAACACCGCGACCUCACCGCGCUCUGCAAAGAGUAUGAUGAGUUGGUGGAGAUGCAGGUCAAACUGGAGGAGAAGCUGCAGGAGCUGGAGGCCAACCCACCCAGUGAUGUUUACCUGUCAUCCAGGGAUCGGCAGAUCCUAGACUGGCACUUUGCCAACUUGGAGUUUGCCAACGCUACACCCCUCUCCACCCUUUCUCUCAAGCACUGGGAUCAGGAUGAUGACUUUGAGUUCACUGGCAGCCACCUGACAGUAAGGAACGGUUACUCUUGUGUUCCCGUGGCUCUGGCUGAAGGCUUGGACAUCAAACUAAACACAGCAGUGCGGCAGGUCCGAUACACAGCAUCCGGCUGCGAGGUGAUAGCGGUAAACACUCGCUCCACGACCCAGACCUUCAUAUACAAGUGCGACGCCGUGCUGUGCACCCUGCCCCUCGGCGUGUUGAAGCAGCAGCCCCCCGCCGUGCAGUUCGUCCCGCCGCUGCCUGAGUGGAAAACAUCUGCCAUACAGAGGAUGGGCUUUGGCAACCUCAACAAGGUGGUGUUGUGUUUUGACCGCGUGUUCUGGGAUCCAAGUGUCAACCUGUUUGGUCAUGUCGGCUCCACCACGGCAAGCCGGGGCGAACUCUUCCUCUUCUGGAACCUCUACAAAGCCCCGAUCCUGCUCGCUCUGAUGGCUGGUGAGGCCGCUGGCAUCAUGGAGAACAUCAGUGACGACGUUAUUGUCGGACGCUGCCUGGCCAUUCUCAAAGGAAUAUUUGGAAGCAGCUCUGUACCGCAGCCGAAGGAAACCGUGGUCACCCGUUGGCGUGCCGACCCCUGGGCGCGGGGCUCCUACUCGUACGUCGCGGCAGGUUCUUCGGGCAAUGACUACGACCUCAUGGCGCAACCCAUCACACCUGGCCCCGCCAUACCAGGAGCCUCACAGCCCGUCCCUCGUUUGUUCUUCGCCGGCGAGCACACCAUCAGGAAUUACCCGGCCACGGUUCACGGCGCCCUGCUCAGCGGGCUCCGCGAGGCCGGACGCAUCGCAGACCAGUUCCUCGGUGCCAUGUACACGCUCCCCCGGCAGGCCACCCCCACAGCCGCCAGCAACCCUCAGCAGGCCCAGCCUACCCCCAGUGUCUGAGACGGUUCCUGCCAGCAACGGGACUGUCAGACCAACCAUAGCAGUUUAUGAGAAAAGUUAAAAGUUUAACCAUAAAUUGACAAUUUUUCUGUAUGUGAAAGAUGUUGGAAGUCCCAGAAACAACUUUGCCUCUUUGCCUUCUGACUGAAAUAAUGACACUUCUAGAGUUUAUUUCCUGGUUGUAUGCAUAAUGUGGAAUUGAAAUUCUUUCAUCUGAGUAUUUCAGCCUUUUAGUCCGGGAUGUUAGCAUAUACACACACAAUAUACCUACAUUCAACUAACAGAGACAGAUUUAAGCUACUACAAAAACUGGGUCGAGAAUAAAUCUCAAUUUUUACUACAUACUAAUGUAAUAAUCCAUCUUAAACUUUAUAAAUGUGUGAUUCCCCAGUCUUAAAAGAGGAGCAUGGCAUUACUUUUGGUACUUGGAGUGAUUCAGUAUAUUUGAUCCCAUGUGGAGUAUUUCUUGCAUCUAUUUAUGUGCCCCUGUCUGAAUGUUGAGGAACAGCCGGAAACCUCUUAACUAAACGUACACACAACCUAAAACCUGAUAUUAUACCAGGCAGACGACCAACUCAGUAGCACAGCGUAGAAUCCACUAAAACUCUUUUUGCUGCUCUACGCAAAAGACUUUUCCCUCUGUUGUCAUUCCAGAGGCCUUGUGUCUUGGUUGUCUUAAGGCUUAAAACAUUGCUAUGUACUGUAGCUAUAUGCCUCGUAAGUUUAAUUCCUAUCAUCUAGGUUGCAGAGUGUAGUGAAAAUAGUUUGUAUGAAAAGAUAAAAAAAGGCAGAUAUGUCGAAAGAUAUGUGAAUGUUUUUGUUGCCAUAGCAGUUUAAGUAUUUUAUUAUGGUUGUCAUCACAUACUUUUUUAUAUUGUCAAUUGUUUUGUUAUUAAAAGAAGACAGAAAUUA